AUGCCAUAUUUGAAUAUUCCUAUUUCUUUUGAUAAAACCAAGAAUAUGGUGAAGAACUUGGGUCUUGACUACCAAAAGAUCGAUGCAUGUCGCAAUGACUGCAUGUUGUAUCGGAACGGGUAUGAGAAUGACUCAUCUUGUCAUGUCUGUGGAACAUCCCGUUAUAUUGAGCAUCAUGAAGAAGAGGAUGAUGUUACCUCAUCUAGAAAGCCUCGCAAAGUUGCUAUGAAAACUCUAAGGCAUUUCCAUUUGAUUCCCAGACUUCAACGGCUUUUCAUGUGCACAAGAACUGUCAAAGCUAUGUCUUGGCAUCACAAUGAGUGUGUUAAAGACGGGUCCUUAAGGCAUCCUGCCGAUGGUGAAUCUUGGAAAGCAUUUGACAAUCGACAUGAAGAUUUUGCAAAGGAGCCUCGUAAUGUGAGACUUGGAUUAGCAAGCGAUGGAUUCAAUCCAUUCCGAACUUUGAGCAGUAUACACAAAUUAAAAGAAUUAUGGGAGUCAGGUGUCGAAACAUAUGAUUCAAAAGAAAACAAAACAUUCAACAUGAGAGCAUGCCUUUUGUGGACAAUUAAUGACUUCCCUGCGUAUGCUAUGUUAUCUGGGUGGAGUACAAAGGGAAAAUUGGCUUGUCCAUGUUGUAAUGAUGAGACUUCUUCUAUCUAUCUGAAACAUAGUCACAAGACUGUUUAUAUGGAUCACCGAAGGUCUCCACCGCAGUUAUUAGAAGGUUCAGCUGUAUUUGAUAUAUUGCGAGAGGUAGAUAAUUCUUUUGGGAAGAAGCAAAAGAGAUCAAAGAAUGGCAUAUCAAAUUGGAAAAAAUGGUCAAUCUUUUUUGAUUUACCAUAUUGGAAGUCCAACAUGUUUAGACACAACCUUGAUGUCAUGCACAUAGAGAAGAAUAUAGUUGAUAGCAUAAUUGGAACUCUUUUAGAUAUUCCCGGAAAGACAAAAGAUCAUGCAGCUGCUCGUUUUGACCUUAAAGACAUGGGUAUCAGGAAAAACCUUCAACCAAAAGAUACGAAGGAUGGAAGAAAAACUAAGUUAUCAAAGGCAUGCUUUUCAAUGACUCUAGCAGAGAAAACAAUCUUUUGUAGUGUGUUGAAAGUGGCAAAAUUACCAGACGGUAGUGCUUUCAAUAUUGCUCGAUGUGUGCAUGAAACAGAAAAAAAGAUUUCCGGUUAUAAGACCCAUGAUGCUCAUUUCAUGUUGCAUUACUUGUUGCAAGUACCAAUCAAGAGCAUACUUCCUGACCAUGUUGCCAUCGCUCUAGUUCGAUUAUGUUCAUUUUUUCGCCGAAUAUGUCAAAAGGUAAUUAGCCUGGAUGAGGUAGUUAACUUAGAAGCAGAGAUUGCUGAGAUAUUAUGCCAAUUGGAGAGGAUUUUUCCUCCUAGCUUUUUUGACAUAAUGGUGCACUUGCCUAUUCAUUUGGCAAAUGAGGUGAGGUUAGGUGGUCCAAUUCAAUAUCGUUGGAUGUACCCUGUUGAACGGUUCCAUACCAGGCACCGUGAUGCGAGACGUAAAACUCAAAAUAGUGGUGUCACAUUAGAGGCAUUGACUCCUAGUUUUGCUAGUGUGAAAGAUAAGAACCCAAUUGAAGCAAAAGUAGCCUACUAUGGUAGAAUAGUUGAUAUGUUUGAGUUAGAUUAUUAUGGCCAAUUUAAGGUAGUCUUGUUUAAGUGUGAGUGGUAUACAGUUGCAAAAGACAACUUUGGUCUUUCAUAUGUGUAUUUCAAUAAAAAAUGCUACCAAGAAGAACCAUUUGUGCUGGCAUCUCAAGUAAACCAAUGCUUUUAUGUGCAAGACCCAUAUGUCAGUGACAAGCACUAUGUUAUGAAAACAAUUCCAAGAGAUUUAUUUAGGGUAAGUGAUGACCUUGAGUCUAAUUCCCCCAUAAUAUAUGCAAGGGAGCCAUGCGAACCUGAAGUGAUUCCAAGUCUUUCAAAUGAUAAUGGCAAAAUUGAUCUAGUUAGGAAUGAUCUACGAGCAACUAUUAUAGAUAUGGAUCUAAACAUGUUUGCCAAAUAA